GACAGCGAAUAGCGAGCGAGGCUAAAUGCUAGGCUAACACAUUAGCUUGACGGACAGGAAAAGCCAACGUCAACGACAAGACACCAUUGUAGCACAUCGCUAAGUGGGAUUUUCGCUGCCACUGACAGCGCUCACUUCGAUUCGGAGAGUUAGUCGCAACGGAUAGACAUCGAAUAUUAGUGGUGUCGAGGCCUCAAAAGGACACUUUAGGGACGACAGACAUUUAAAAGGAACUGCUAGCCCCCCUCUCUUUUUUUCUCUCCCUAAUCUGCGCUUUCAUAACGCCAAGAACCGAGGCAGAGGAAACGUCCACUUUUGAUAUUUUUACCACAAGAUCGUCUCACAGCUGAGGCACAAUGACUUCAAGGAAGAAAGUCCUCCUCAAAGUCAUCAUCCUCGGAGACUCCGGAGUUGGGAAGACCUCGUUGAUGAACCAGUAUGUGAAUAAGAAGUUCAGUAACCAGUACAAGGCCACGAUAGGUGCAGACUUCUUGACGAAAGAAGUCAUGGUGGAUGACAGACUUGUCACCAUGCAGAUUUGGGACACAGCAGGUCAGGAGAGGUUCCAGUCUUUAGGCGUGGCGUUCUACCGCGGAGCCGACUGCUGCGUUCUGGUCUUUGACGUGACGGCCCCAAACACCUUCAAGACCCUCGAUAGCUGGAGGGACGAGUUCCUGAUCCAAGCCAGCCCUCGAGACCCGGAGAAUUUCCCCUUUGUGGUGCUCGGCAACAAGAUAGACUUAGAGAACAGACAGGUCACAACCAAGCGGGCACAAGCAUGGUGUCAGAGCAAGAACAACAUCCCCUAUUUUGAAACCAGCGCCAAGGAGGCCAUCAACGUCGAGCAGGCCUUCCAGACGAUCGCACGCAACGCUCUCAAACAGGAGACCGAGGUGGAGUUGUACAACGAGUUCCCGGAGCCGAUUAAGCUGGAUAGGAACGAGCGAGCCAAGCCUUCGGCGGAGACCUGCAGCUGCUGAGGCCCACCGACAUCUGCGUCGCGGCCCCUCGUCGCCUCCCCCGUCAUGCCUUGUCUGAAUAUCCUCCCUUCCCACGACCCACCGUACAAGCAGCAUCUUGCUCACGACAGUACGACGUGAACAUGCUGCAGCCUCCUCCUCGUGUAUGGGAAUCACACAUUUUCUUUCAAGCAUCGCUCCCCUAGCCCAAAGAACACCUUAAACAUCGUAUGCUUAUUCUUCCUGUCCAGUGUUUUUCCCCCCCACCUUUAAAUGGCAACAGACGUUUUCAGUUCUAUGAAUAUCGCUGCUUUCACAAUCACUUGUUUUACAUUGAGCUCAAACAUCCUACAUGUCUGUUUCAUUGAGGAUAUUUUUUUUUUUGUAGCUGUGGUGGUUGUUGUCUUAUUUUACAGGGCACCACAACUGCAUGAAUAGAAGAAACACUGCUCCCCCCUCCCCUCCUUUAAGUGAUUUGUAUUGUGGCUUUGUGUCACGCUACGCACCUCACGCAACCUUGAAAUACAUAUAGGGACUGAGAUUUAACUUGGGAUAAUCAGAUUGCAGUUUUGAUGCUAAUUGAUACACAAAAUGAAGACAAAUUGCAAGUCCCACCACUAAACAGUUCAGGUUGUGUUGAAGUCACUCAAAAUAACCUUGUACGUGACAUGAGAUUGGCACACAGGUGAGUUUUGUUCCUCUUUUGACUUUCUCUAGUAGUUCUCGCUUCCUGGUGCAAGAUGAAACAAAUCAAGGCAGCACAUCAAUUCCUUGACAGUCCAGGAAAAGAAGUAUACUCUGGUUUCUAACUCAGUACUCUUAGUCAAUGUGUUUCUUUUUAUUGACAACUGUUUCAAAGACUUUGUACAAUUGCAAUCAUUUUGUGGGGAAGACAACCAUGUCAGUUUCCGUAUAUCUUACUGCCAGUUGCUUUAAGUGCUUGACAUUUAUUUUAAUCAAUCAGAUCUGUCUGUUUGAAUCACGGUAAAACGGAAAUGCAUUACGAAUUUGAAGAUCGCUAACAGAAAAGAAUGAAAUGGUGGAAGUAGUGGCAUUCGUCAUUGUAUUAUAAAUAUGAUAAAUGCAUAGCAAUGUUUCAAAAUGUCUUUGCCUUUCAAGUAUAAGGGUAAUAAAAACCUCAAAUUCA